AUGAGAGUUCUUGGUAAUUUUAAAAGGGAGUGGGUUAUUUAUCUACCGGAGUUGCUUGUGAUUGGUGCUUCAGAAACUCUGAAAAAUCGUGGGAGACUGGACGAAACCUCUAAGAAAGGGCUAUGCUGGUCUGAGCUAAAGCGUACUGGUAUGUCACGGUGGGGAGUUUCUCGACUAGUUACCUUCCAGCGCGAACACUGCAAUUCCAAAAUGUCACCCAGUAUUGUUAAGGAGAAUGAAGAUCAGAAAGAUGUUGGAGAAGCUGUGACAGCUGAAUCUUCAGGGUCAGAAAGUCGGAACAGAAAACGCCUGAAACUUGGCCAACUUAGAGAGGCAAGAACUACAAAACGUGAAAAGCUAAGGCCACAGAACAACAGUUCUUCUCGUAAGUCUAAGCAUAAUAAGCUUGAGAAUACCAAGGACCGAUGGUCUGCUGAUAGGUAUAAGCUGGCUGAACAAAGUAUGCUAGAGAUCUUGAAGGAUGAAGGGGCUGUUUUUGAGAAUCCAAUAUCUCGACCAGUGCUUAGAACAGCAGCUCGUAAACGCAUUGGUGAUACUGGGCUCUUGGACCAUCUGCUGAAGCACAUUGAUGGUAAAGUGGCACCAGGUGGUGCAGAGAGGUUUAGGCGUUGUUACAACACUGAAGGAGUGAUGGAGUAUUGGUUGGAGAAUGCUGACCUAGUUAAGAUUAAGCAGGAGGCUGGGGUGCCAGAUCCUAACUAUGUUCCCCCAUCAUCUUGGUGGAAGUGUAGUGGUGGCUCUUUUCAGGAUUCUGUUUGUGCUGGAGAGUUGAAGUUGCUUAAAGCUGAAAUGGAGAAAAUGAAGAGGGAUAUGCAGGAGCUAGUGUGCCAUCAGCAAGAGCAAGAUCAAGCUAAUCUGGUUGAGGUUAAUGUUGAACAAUAG